AUGGCAAAUUCUCUUGCCUCAUCGCUAGAUUUGAUCAAGGUCUUCCCCUCUAGUAAGGAGGUAGCAGACCUUGAUAUGGUACCCAGUCUUGUCUAUAGUGGAUUGUGUAGUUGGACAGCGACCGUCUUGGAUGUCAUAGAUUGGGCUCGAGAAACCCCAGGUGGUGCAUUACAACCCAACAGCCACUGUGCCCGCAGAUUUCACUCGUGUACUGGCAAUGAGGACAAGAUUAUGUGUGUGGAAGAUUUUGCCUCUGGGAGCUUUCCAGUCAUCUCGUGCACCAUGGCUCUGGGGCUAGGUCAGAAUUGGAAGUGGGUGAAAAUGGUUACUCACAUGGGUCGUGGCGAUCCGGCGUCUAUAUGUCAAAUGAUUGGGCGCAGUGGUAGAGAUGGGAAGAAGGGCUUGGCAAUUUUGUUUGUUGAAAAAAAUUGCUGGAAUGGAAAGAAUCAUAUUGACCGCUUUGUCCGGGGUGCUACUCAGACGGACUUAGACAGGAUGGAUGUGCUUGCGAUAACCACACUUUGUCUGCGGGUAGCAUUUGCCUUGGAUAACAGGUUAUUCCAAAUUGUCUUUUGCACAUUGAAUCUAAUUCCUAGACUGGCUUUUUGGGGUAACGGACAGUGUUGGUUACAUUCUGCUGUGGGAGGCUACCCUGCAUACAUCACAGAGGUUGAUAGGGAGAAAAAGGAGAGCUUGGCUAAAUGUGAAUGUUCCAACUGUUACCCGGUCAAGGCAGCAACAUUGAUCAAAGCCCUAUCAGUAGCAAACAAUGAAAAUUUUGAUGACAUCUUGAACAACAAUUUCACACUUACAAGUAACUACAACAUCAAGCACAAAUACCCCCAAAAGGUGCCAGGGAUCAAAAAACAAAAAUUCACUGAAGAUGAUGUGCCUGAGAUGGAUCAGUUUGCUACAAUGCUCAUGAAUGACUUCAACCAUCACUAUGAAACCAACGUGAGACCUGGGGGAUCCACACAAGGCUCGGACAUUUUCGACAAGGACGAUUGUCUCGCUAUUCUGGCUCAGUUGGAAUAUAUAACUGAUCCAGUUUAUCUCAAAUGGAUCAUUGGUUGA